AUGAUUCCAAAACCCAAGGUCCUUCAAUUCCCUCCUAUCCGCUAUGCCGACGAUGCUUGGGAAAAACUCUCAGAAGUUGCUGAAAUAAUUCCCGUGACAGUAGCCUCUCGUCAAGAGUUGAUCGAAUUAUUGCACGGCGAGUACUCUGAUAUCGUCGCCAUCGGUAGAGGGUAUCUUACUGGAAAACAAGUAGGACGCUUUGAUCGAGAUCUGAUCGGCCAUUUUCCUAACACGUUGAAAUUCAUUGCUCAUCAAGGUGCCGGAUACGAUCAGAUAGACGUAACGGAAUUAACAAAACGCGGUAUUCAGCUUGCGAAUGCUCCAGAUAUUGUUAAUAACGCUACAGCUGACACUGCUUUGUUUCUCUUACUCGGAGCUAUGAGAAAUUUCGAGGAGGGGAGAAGAAAUCUUCGAAAUGACGAGUGGCCAACAAAAGGCUUCGCAGCCGGCGCCCAGCCAGGGUUUACUCCUGAUGACAAAGUGCUUGGAAUCAUCGGAAUGGGAGGCAUUGGAAGAACACUCUGCAAACGGGUUCGGCCCCUGGGCUUCAAGAAGAUCGUUUACUAUAACAGAUCACCAUUAUCCGAAGCGCUAGAGUUAGGUUGCCAAUAUCUCCCUUUGGAGGAGCUUUUGAAAUGCGCGGAUGUUGUAUCUAUUCACUGCCCUUUGAAUGAAUCUACCAAACAUCUGCUCAACAAAGAUCGGUUUCAUCUUAUGAAAGAUGGCGUCAUAAUAAUUAACACUGCUCGCGGAAGUGUGAUUGAAGAACAAGCUCUCCUAAGGUGCUUGAAAACUGGAAAAGUUGCUAGAGUUGGCCUGGACGUCUUCGAGAAUGAGCCUCACGUUAGUAAUGAGCUAUUAGAGCUUCCUAAUGUUCUCGCCCUUCCACAUAUGGGCACACAAGCUAUCCAAACUGUGAAGAAAAUGGAAGAGUGUGUUGUGGACAAUAUUUAUGCGGGUAUCCAUACAGGAAAAGUUUUGAAUCUUGUUUGCGAACAACGGUUCAGAUUUUGA